UCCGUCAGCCUGGUCUCAAUUCCCUCAAACCCUUAGACAUGGUCCCUUACUGUGUUGACGACAUGUAUAAUGGCUGCACUGAACAAAUGCACAACAAGGUGCAGAAGGAAUAUCUGGAACAUGAAAUUAGAAAUGUAGGGUUCUUCAAACAAGCCUGGAUGAAGGCAGAAGGAUGUGCAAAAAAUGUGAAGCAACGAUUCCAAAAGGACAAAUCCAAGUACAAUUCUAAAGACAAACUUACACAUGAUCAUAUCAAGGCUAUCUGUGCUUACUCAGGAGGUCAAACUAAGAUAUACCCAGUGUUCAACCAAGCAGUCCGGACCAAUAGAACAGAGUACACAACCUCCUUCCAGUUCCACUCCCUGCAUUUCCUGCUGACUGAUGCUCUCCGCCUCCUGAAAGAAAACCAACAGGGCUGUCACACCACAUACCGGAGAACCAACAUGGAGUUUGGCGGUAAAGUUAACCAACUAAUCAGAUUCGGCUUCUUUGCCUCGAGCUCUCUUGACAAGGGAAUUAGUCAAUCAUUUGGAGAGAAGUCCUGCUUUGAGAUAAAGACAUGUGCAGGAGCUUAUCUCAAGUCCUACCCAGUGUUGGGAGAACAGGAGAAGGAGGUGUUGAUACCACCUUUUGAGAUGUUCAAAAUUACCAAAAAGGAAAAAGGCCAGAAUGUUCUUAACUGUAAAUCUCUCUUCAAACUGGAGAGUGUAGGGUUCCAGUACAAUCUGAAUUGUAAAGCUGUUUAGGAAAAUA